AUGACGACCUGCCGAACUAGUAGUCGGCGAACAGCCUCAAGAGUGCGUACAAGAGGUGGAAAGAAAGCACCGCACUCCAUUCAGACCCACUCAUUCCUAAUUCUGCAUGACACCACAGCACCAAAGGCCAUCCCUACAGCCCCUAUACCCAUGGCAGUAAUACAGGCUUCCAACACGCAACUUUCAGCCGGGGUGGCCCUCAACAGGGCCGUUAUCACGUUUACGGUUGCAAACUCAGUCAGUCAGUCAGGCGGCAGGCCAGCCUACUCUUUGCUCACCACCGGCUUCUCCGUCUUCUUCGGCAGCAGCACCGCCUGGAUGUUGGGCAGCACACCACCAUGCGCGAUGGUCACACCGCCCAACAGCUUGUUCAACUCCUCGUCAUUGCGGAUAGCCAAACAAAAGCAGGUGACGAGGAAUGAUACGCGUCUUCUUGUUGUCGCGUGCCGCGUUACCCGCCAACUGCAGCACCUCGGCAGCCAGGUACUCGAGCACAGCAGCCAAUUGCCACGACGCAACAGACGGUGCACACGACCCACGGGGAAUUGCAGACCAGCUCGCGCCGACCUCGUCUUCGCUUUAGCCCGCGAUUUACCUCCUUUGCCUCUGCCGCUCAUUGUCCUCCUCGCUGAGCAACCCACCAACCGAUUCAAGCGUGAUAGCAUCGCAAGUCUAAUCACUUUGCACAUCUCAUUGGCUCGUCACCGCUAUCGUCGCCUGCUAUUGGCUCUAAUAGUUUCCUCCUUAUCUCACGCGUUGACAGCUGCAUCUGACUUGACCGCAUCUCGCCUGAAGAAGCCUUGA